GAAGCGGAGAUGUGAGCUGUGCGCGGACGACGCGCAGUGGAGACGAGAGAUGUGCGUACUGAGCACUCAACGCCCCGCACCCGAGCUGAAAAACAUGUCUUCUCGCACAGCACACAGCACACCGCACACAUCUCCGCUUUGGUGGAGUCCCGCGAGCUGAAAAACAUCUCUUCUCGCACAGCACACAGCACACCGCACACAUCUCUGCUUUGGUGGAGUCCCGGCCUAAUUGUUUCGUAUUUUGGAUUUGAAUGUGAAAUGAGUUUGUGAGAUAAUGACACAUUUAUGAAGAGCGACCUGGCCACAUCAAGUCUCCAUUCCACCAAUAUGCACCAAAAUUAUAAAAUAUGGCGUCGAAAUUCAAAAUCUUUUUUGAAAAAGGAACGCCGUUUAUAAGUCUGCGAAUGCGUAGGGGUGCGUUAGAAAAUAGAACAGUGAGAUUUAGAAAAUGUGCGACGGACGCGUUGGUUUUAUUCUUGGCGGCCAUCUUGGUUACCGGUUGCUAUGGUGAAGAGAAACAGAGAUUUGCUAUGGAGCCUACUGAUCAGAGUGCAAUCGUCGGGUCCCGCGUGACUCUGCCCUGCCGUGUUGUGGGAAAAGUGGGAACGCUCCAGUGGACUAAAGAUGACUUUGGUCUGGGAACUCACAGGAAUCUGAGCGGUUACGAAAGAUACUCCAUGAUCGGAAGUGACGAAGAAGGCGAUUACUCAUUAGAUAUAAGGAACGUAUCAUUGGAAGAUGACGGAAGAUAUCAGUGCCAAGUCAGCUCGGGGUUAGGGGCGUCACAAGAGGCGAUCAGAUCUCGCUACGCCCAUUUGACAGUGCUUGUUGCGCCCGACCCGCCUCGCAUUAUACAGGGUGCGUUCAUAGACGCCACCGAGGGGCAAACUGUUAACAUUGAAUGUGUGUCCGUUGGAGGAAAACCGCCGGCUGAGAUCAUAUGGGUGAACGGUAACCAAGAUGUCAUCAAGACGAAAGGAGAAAAUAAAAUAGAAUUAUUACCUGAUGGCCUCAGAUCUCAGACUAGGUCGAUUCUGCGGCUGAAACCGACAAAGGAAUACCACAACCAGACCAUCACAUGUCAAGCGCAGAAUAACGCCGACCGCGCGUUUAGGGUCGCCACUGUACAGAUAGAGGUCAAAUACGCGCCAAAACUGAAGUUGUCAAUAAAAUCUGGAUUAGUCCACGGGAAGCUUCCAGAAGGUUCGGAGGCCAGGUUUCUGUGUGAGGUGGAUUCGAAUCCCCCUCCUCUAGCGGACGGCGGUUACAAAUGGUACAUAAAUAACAACUUAGUCGUCGGGGACUACACGGAGGAGAUGAUAAUCUUCAAUGUAUCAAGGAAACAUCACAAGGCUGAGGUCAAAUGUGAGGUCAGCAAUUCAGUGGGCACUUCUGAGAAGACUAUCAAAUUGGAUGUCACAUAUCCUCCAUGCUUCAAGACAAGACCACAGAGUGUAGAAGCAAAAGAAGGAGCGACAGUAACGCUACAUUGCGAGGUGGACGGUCAACCCAAACCUGAGCUGAGGUGGCUGUACUCGGAGCCCGGGAGGGUAGCUCAGAACAGAGGGAGCGACACCACCUUAACUGUUAAGGUGACGCCCGACACUGCCGGCCGAUACAUUUGCAAAGCUGUGAGGGAUAGCGAAAAGGCAGAGAGUGAAGCUACUAUUUAUAUCAAAGCUGCGCCGACAAUAUUCUCAAACCGGACACAGUUCGGCUCAGAAGGGGAAACCGUUGGAAUUGAAUGUUUGGCGAAGGCUGUCCCGAAGCCCUUUGACAUCAGAUGGUACUUCGAAGGCAAAGAAAUUAGCGCUAUCAAUGAUUCAGAUAUCGCAAUAACCCAAGAACUGGAUUUAGCAGAUGGUAUGGUGAAAUCGGCUUUAGUGAUCAGGAACAGCAAGUCUAAACAUUAUGGAACUUACAACUGCAGUAUCACCAACGACUUUGGCAAUGCCAACGCUGCAAUUGUUCUAAAGCCAAUUAAAACUCUUCCUCUCUUCAUAAUUCUGAUCGGAGUCACCUCUGGCAUCAUUAUCUUCUCUGCUUUCAUCAUCCUUGUCGUAAUCUGUCAUAGAAAGAGACGGAAGACACAAAUGAGUGAGAAACCAGAUGUAACAGUGACUACUGGAGAUAUGUACAAGGGAAGUGAUAGGAGCUCUAAUAUUAGUGAUUUGAAGAUGCAGUUACCUCAGAGCGAUGGGAGCUAUGAUUUGGAAUACCCAAGUUCAGAGCGCUCUGACACGAAGAUGCCCGCGGGGCUACCGUUAGCAGGACCGGUACAUCUGCCCACCAUACGCGAUGACGCGCUCCUCAAGUACCGAUACAGCAAUGAUUACUCUGAUCCUUCGUACACUGACCCCUAUUUUAAGGGUCCUGUGGGAUACGUGUACGACUAUCCCCAGGGAUACCCGCCCCCGCCACAUCUGAGGGUACAGUCGCCUACGCAAUUGGAUGUGCCACAAUCGAAUAGAUCUCUUCAAGGCUCGCUAACGCGCAGUAUCGACACAGCGUCGACGCUACCGCUCUCGGGCGCCGGGUCCCAAAACAACUCCUUGCAGAGAGCCAAGAGUAUAGACGAAAACGACGCUAUCAACAGUUUGGGCCUGCCUGUUGGUAGCGAAACCCCUCCGACACCAGUUUACGCCCAGCCUAAUACGAAAACUGGCGUAGAUUUAAGAUAUGCCGCGACGUACGGCAACCCUUAUUUAAGAAAUAGUUCAUUAGGCUAUGGCAGUCAAGUCCAUACAGCCAAGCCGGCGGCGACACCAGCGCCCCCACCGUACUCCGCAGUUAGGAGUUCGGUUGUUUUGCCAUCUGGUAAUGGCAGCCAACCAUCGCAGGCGACUCACGUAUAGCAUAAACUAAGAUUAGUGUGAGUGUUCGUACACUAAGUGUCUAAAAAGCCAAAUAAAAAUAUACGUGUACAUAAAAUACGAAAAAUUUGCUGGUUUUUAUACUGUGUGAAAGUACCCUUACAGAACUGCUUAUAUAAAAGCCAAAGUGUUAAUGUACAGGUGUCAUAAUAAUGUAUAAAGUAAUUAUGUUCCUAAAUAGAUUAAAUCGACUGAUUUGUAAAUAUUCGAUUAUAAGUUGAGAUAUUUCGUACCCUCGUAGUGCUAGUGUUGCAAUUAAUUUGAACUUUAUCGAUGUUUUUUUCCGAAAAUUAAUUAAAAAAGUUUUAAUGAGAACACUUUUCAUAAUGGAAUUUGAUUAAAUGGCAAAUUAAAUGUGUGGUUGAUUAUUUUGAAAGAGUUGGAUUAUGAAUUUCGAUGUUUAUUUUAUGUAUUACCUAUAGCAAUCCAUUUUUGAUAAAAUGCUUAAUUCGUAUAAUCUUGUUCUUUAUCUUUAUGAGCAUGUCUCAGCUUUUGAAGUAAACUUUUUUAAUUUUAAGCACAUGGGCAUUUUAAAUAUAUCAUUUUAUGAUAGACCCGUAUAUAUUAGUUAAUUUAAAAAAUAUUAUAUGUAUUUUUUCCAUGUAUGUAAAGUGUGAUAUUUGUCUUAUUCAACUUUAGUUUGAGAAAAAUUACAAAAUGGCUUUCAUAACAGUUUUUAAAGAAUAAAUAGAAAUGCGAAGGUUUUGUAGUACGAAUAAUAGGCAUUUUGAUGCCAAUGCUCAAAAAAUCGAUACGCGAUGAUUUAUAAUUCCAUUUUCUUAUAGGAUUAUAUCAGAUAAUGUAGAAAUAAACAGACUGAAAAUAAUAUUUUGUAAAUUAUAUUAUUAAUUACGAAUUCAUGGAUUAUAUAUUGACAUCUCUUUUCAUUUCACAAAUAGUUUUAAAAUCAUAUUUUAUAUGAUUUCAAUUAAUAAAAAAAAACUUAGGUCGACUUGAAAGAUAAUAAAUUCAUAGUUAGUAUAAUUCUUAGAUAAAAAUAUGGACAUUGAAUGAGAAAAUAAUUUCUGUGAUAUGAGUAUUGAAAAUUUAGGCCUUCAUUUCAACAAAAGUUACAAUAUUUAGAUAGUGCAUGUAUUCCUAUUCCUGAAAUGAAUAUGAAAAUUUUGUCGUGACAUUUAUUAUUUAAAAAAAGAAAAGAAAUUGUUAAAAUAUAAAAAAAAAUCUGGACGAAAUAAUGUAAAUGAAAAAAAAAAUUGCAUGAUGUUUUUGUUAUUUGCAUGAGAUCAUUUAAUCAUUAUACUGUUUCUCUGAAUAAAAUGUCUUCAUUUCAUUA